AUGAGGUUACUACAAUGGGCCUCCCUAGGCCUAGUAACACUCGCCGCCGCCGAUUCGAACCUCACCCACGAAUCGCGAAACAUCCUGCCGUCGGUCUUCAAGCCGCCCCAGCACUUCCGCAAUGUGAACCUCGUGCGCAACAUCAACCUCGACAAGAGCUAUGCCAAGGAGACGAUCAAUGUCGUGAUCGAGAACAUCGACAAAGAGCCGCAAUCACACUACUACCUGCCAUUCGAGCCCGGCACCAUCGGGCGGAUAGGAGCGGUGGAAGUCAAGGACAAGAAGAAUCCGGAAAGGGGAGGCUUCGUCGCUGAAGUGACCGAACUCGAUCCCUACAGCCCGACCGAGUUCUACAAAAUCACCUUCCCGACUCCGUUGAAGCCGCAGGAGCAGCUCACCCUCUCCAUCAACUACUAUUCCCUGUCCAUCCUCAAUCCCCUCCCCGCUCAAAUCGAACAAACCGACAAGCAAUACGUCCUCUACUCCUUCUCCGUCUACGCACCAUCCGCAUACGUGACACAAAAGCAAAAGACAAAGCUUAAACUGCCGACAACAGACGUCCCUGACGCAGUGGUCCUCCCCAAAUCCCUGAACGCCGAAGGCAAGGAAGAUCCCCAGAAAUCGGGCACAACCUACACAUACGGGCCAUACGGUGAGCGAGAAGCCGGCGCUACCCAAGAAGCUAGCGUACGCUACGAAUUCACGAAGCCACUCGUGCACGGCAAGCUCCUCGAACGCGACGUCGAAGUCUCCCACUGGGGCGGGAACGUCGCUGUGGAAGAGAGACACUGGUUCACCAACCGUGGCGCCACGCUCAAGAACCACUUCAGCAGAGUCGCAUGGCAGGCAUCGUCCUACUACAACCCACCCACCAGCGCUCUGAAGGAGUUCCGCUACCCCUUGGUCGUUGGCAGUGCUGACGCCUACUUCAUCGACGACAUUGGCAAUGUGUCCACCUCGCAUUUCCGCUCGAGUAAGCGCGAAGCGACUUUGGAGCUCAAGCCGCGGUACCCAAUCUUCGGUGGCUGGAAUUACAGCUUCAAGGUCGGCUGGAACGGCGAUUUGCAGAGUUUCGUUCGCAGGAUCACUGGCUCAAGUGAUGGGUACGUCUUGAAGGUGCCGUUCUUCGAGGGCCCGAAGCAAGCAGAGGGCGUGGAGUAUGAGAGGCUGGUAACGAGAAUCAUUCUUCCGGAAGGCGCAAAGAACGUCCGCUUCGAGACCGCCGUCCCCAUCGUCAGCAACUCCACCGGCCUUCACCGCACCUUUAUGGACACUGUAGGCCGGACGACCCUGACUCUGACGGCUGUGAAUGUCGUGGACGAGCUGCGCGACCGCGAUCUUGUGGUCAUCUACGACUACCCAUCUGCGGCGCGCUUCCGCAAGCCGCUCACGAUCUUCGCGGGCGUGCUGGCCAUUUUCGCCGUCAGCUGGGUCGUCGGCAAUCUGGAUGUGAGCAUUGGGAAGAAGCAGAAGACCGCGUAG